AUGUUGACUCGCUCCCCGCCAAUCUCCCCCCGCUUCCGCUCCCCUCUCGGCGACUCCCCUUUAGCUUCCCCUUUCGCCGCAUCUCCCGCCAAUACUCCCGCCGCGAUUCCCGCCGCGUCUAACGCCGGCUCCGCGCGUCACAGCGGGCCGAAACUGGUUCUGGUCGGCGUGACUCUGCACCAAUCAGGAGGCUCCUUUUGGGGGGGAGUGCGCGUCGGAAGCGGGAGAGACGCCGGGGGAGGCGGAGGGGGCAGCGCGGGUGUGACUGUAUCGAAGGAUGGACUGGCGCUGGUGGAUUUCGCUUUAUCGAGGCUGGUUGUACCGGGGGACAGGGUGGUGGCUCUGGUGAUACAAACGGGCGGGGAGAAGGGGGAGAAGGGGGAGCGGGAGCGGGGGGAGCAGGGGGAUAUUGAGGCGCGGAGGGUGGUGCUCGCGGCGCUACAGCCACUGGCGGAAGUAGCUUCCGCCAAACAGGUCCGAGUGGAGGUGUGCGUGUGUUGGGCGGCGGACGUGCCCCAGGGGCUGCUGCAGGGUGCAUUGACGCUGGGUGCAGGGAUCGUGGUCCGAGUGGAGGUGUGCGUGUGUUGGGCGGCGGACGUGCCCCAGGGGCUGCUGCAGGGUGCAUUGACGCUGGGAGCAGGGAUCGUGGGGCUGCUGCAGGGGGCGUUGACGCUGGGAGCAGGGAUCGUGGUGCUGGGUGCUGCCAAGAAAGGCAGCCUGGGCUUUAAGAGGCGAAUGCAUGGUGCAUUGACGCUGGGAGCAGGGAUGGUGGUACUGCUGGGUGCCGCCAAGAAAGGGAGUCUGAGCUUCUCUUACCCUGUCUCCCCCCUCUUUCCUUCCUCUUUUCCCACUUUCCGACAUCGUUUCUCCCCCUUCCUCCCCAUCCCCCCUCCCCGCCUCCCCGGCACCCCCAUUCCCCCGUUUCCCCCCCCCAAGUUCGUCCAUCUCCUCAGCCACUCAGGACACAGCGGCUCAACUCACCCGUCGUCUCCCCACCACCACCAAGCUACUCAGGACACAGUGGCUCAUCUGGCUCGUCGCCUCCCCACCACCACCAAGGUCAUGCUCGUCUCACACGGCGCCUGCUCCCUCUCCAAAUCCGGAGAGCUCUCCACCGCUUCCAACCCCUCUCCCUCUCCUCUCCACCCUUCUGCAUCGCCUGUCUCCCCACUCUCCGCCCUAAACACACCUUCGGCUGUCUCUGCUGCUUCUAGUGCCUCGUAUGCCCCCUCUCCCGGUUCUGCAUCCCCUUUAAGAGGUGACCCUUUAAGAGGCGACCCUAGGGAGUGCCAGGCUGUUGGUUUUGGGUCUGAGUUUGGGGUGGGAAGCGGGGAGAGAGGGGGGAGUGGGGAGGGAGAGGGGAGGGGAGGGGGGGAGACGAUGGAGGUAGAUGGGGAGGGGAUGAGUGGCGCGGUGGGGAGAGGGGGAGGGGAAGCGGCAGCACCAGCAGCAGCAGCAACACCAGCAGCAGCACAACCACAAGCAGCAGCAUCAGCAGCACACCCAGCACCUACCCCCUCCCCAUCCCCUACCCCCUCCCCAUCCCCUUCCCCCAUCCCGGCAGCAGCAGCAGCAGAUGGGGGAUGGAAGCAAGGCCACACCGUCCUCAUCUCCCCCAACCCUCUCAAUCCCUCCUCCGACCUCCUCCCUCCUCCCCCGCCUUCGGAAAUACUCCGGGAGGUGUACGGGAGAGAGGAGUAUGGGGAGCAAGAGUUUACACUUGAACAGAUUUUGCAAGCCACUGAUAAUUUCAACCCCAAGAAUGUUCUGGGGGAGGGCGGAUCUGGGCAGGUCUUUCUGGGGACGAUUACAAUGGCGGUUCCAGAUUUUGGGGGAGGGGUGGGAGGGGGAGGGGGGGAAGGUGGGAGCGGGAGAAUGAAGGAAAUUCUUGCGGGCAGCAAGCAAAAAGUUGCGGUGAAGCGGCUGAGGUGGUGGGGGCCUGCCCUGGCUGAAAAAAAGUGCGCGGUCAACACGAAACAAUUCCUCACGGAGCUUCGGGUGGUUCGGAAGGUUCGGCACCCGAACCUGCUGCGCAUGCUCGGCGCGUGUGUGACAGCUGGCGAGCUCCUAAUGGUCUUUGACUACCUCCCGAAUGGCGCUCUGGACAUGCGGUUACGGGAUAACCGCAAGCCGCCGCUGACGUGGCAGCAGCGGCUGGAGAUUGCGAGUGGGGCGGCGAGGGGUUUGGCGUUUCUGCACAGUGGGUGCCGCCCGCCUAUCAUCCACCGGGAUGUGAAGUCGGGGAAUAUUCUGCUGGAUGAGGACUUGGAGCCUGUGGUAUCGGACUUUGGGUUGGCGAAAGUCGCACCGGAGCAUUUCACACAGCCAAUGACUGUUACGGCAAUCAUGGGCACACAAGGCUAUGUAGCACCGGAGUAUGUGCGAACAGGCAAGAUCACACAAGCGGUGGAUGUGUUUGCGUUCGGGGUGGUGUUGCUGGAGCUCAUCACAGGGCACAUCCCCUUCCACCCCUCCAGAACACCUGCAUACCUAUUCGCCUGGGCAAUCCCAGUGGCCAAAUCAGGGGAGUUUCAUCGCCUAGUUGACUACCGUCUAGAGGGGCGGUACGACCCGAGCCAGCUGCAGGCAGUGGCGAUGCUGGCUGUGAUCUGCCUUGCCAGCAACCCCAAGGACAGACCCGCCAUGGCUGAUCUGCAGGCAGUGGCGAUGCUGGCUGUGACCUGCCUCACCAGCAACCUCUAG